AUCAAAUUUCAUUUAUCAUUUCAUGCAAAAUCAGCGGCUUCAAACGCAAUUAAUGUCCACCUAUCUCUAAAACUCCCUUUUUAUCUUAUGUUGCUUUCGCAUUCAACUCAUCUCAACGAAAAGUCAAUUAUUGCUUCUAACCUCUGAGUCAAAUUUUGUCUGCUAAUAAUUCCUUCUUCCCAUAUAUACCCUUCUACUUUCGUAAAAUGUCAACAAUCCCCUCGCACUCUCAGCCGUCUGCCUCCGCCAUCGCCGCCGCAGCAUUCGCCAUCCGCACCUUCCUGACUCGCCUCUAUCAUUCUCUCCGUGGCGGCCUCUCGCGCCGCCGCCCCUGGUUGGAGCUCGUGGACCGCAGCUCCUUCUCCCGGCCAAGUUCCCUGUCCGACGCCACCUCGCGCGUCCGCAAGAACCUCUCCUAUUUCCGCGUCAAUUACCUAACCCUAAUCGUCGCCGUAGUCUGCCUGUCCUUCGCCUCCCACCCCGCCUCCCUCCUCGCCAUCCUUGUGCUCCUCAUUGCCUGGCUCUUCCUCUACAACCUCCGCCCCUCCGAUCAGCCGGUCGUCAUCCUCGGCCGCAAAUUCUCCGAUCGCGAAACCCUAGGCCUCCUAAUUCUUCUCUCCGUGAUCGCGAUCUUCCUCACCAAUGUCGGAUCGCUUCUCAUCUCAGCAACACUGAUCGGAUUCGGCAUUGUGUGCAUCCACGGCGCUUUCAGGGAUCCGGAGGACCUGUUUCUGGAUGAUCAGGAAGUGAAAGGUUUUGGCUUGUUCGCAUUCAUCAGCGGCAAUGGAUCCGCGUCAUCUGCCAACGUUCACGGCGUACCUCCCAUCGUCUCCCAGGUCUGAUCGAUGUCCAUGGAACUAUUAAUCUUCAAAUGCCAAGUCGAAGUUUCAGUACAUGCUCAUAUUCAUCCCUAACAUUUCAUUUCAUUGAUCGAUACACAUAUUAUUGCCUAUAAGAGGUUAGAAUUGGUUAGGUUUUUGAACAUAUUGAUGCUUUGAAUUAAUGAAUUCCAUAUUUUGACUUGACAAAAACUGUGCAAUGUAUAGCUGCAUUUUGUUUACAAUUGCAUAGUUUAAUGUGUCUAACA